AUGUUCAUGCUGACCAUUAUCGCGGGCGUGCUUAUUGGCUUCGCCAUCGGUUUUGGUCUAAGAGAACUGCCGCAUGUCAGCGAGGACUUAAAAAUAUGGAUAUCAAUGCCUGGCGACUUAUACAUUCGAGUUUUGAAACUGACAAUACUGCCUUUGAUUAUGUCAAAUGUGAUUGUUGUCAUUGCCAAAUUGGAUCCGAAAGAAAAUGGCAAAAUCAGUUUAGUUGCCUUCAUUUACAUUGUGAUCGCAAACAUCGUCGGAUCAUCCAUCGGAGCUGCCUGUACCGCAGCCAUUCGUCCAGGUCAACUUGGUUCGACCGGAGGCGAAGAGGGCACUGAUGAUCCCAGAAAGAAGAGCCCUACCACUUCGGAUGUCUUCGCUGAUCUUUUCUUGAACGUUUUUCCGGACAACAUUGUAGUGACUUCUUACAAAUUCAUAGGCAACGACAGUCACAUAGCUUUUGAAAGAAUUGUGGGGAACGAGGACGGCACAAACAUGAUUGCUAUUUUGGCAUCCACGUACCUACUGGGUAAAAAAAUCCAUCGAGGAUUUUUUUCAUCUGGCCAAUACUUUUCGUCUGUACGUAGCAGUUGUAUGUCUUCCUUUUUAGGUGUCAUUUUCGUGGCUGUUGCUUUCGGUUUGGCAGCCAGCGGAGCUGGGGAAAAGGGUGUGCCCUUUCUGGAAUUUUGUGCCUCCCUUGCUGAUGUCGUGCUCAAGCUCAUUCGUGCCUUCCUCCUGGCUACGCCUGUCGGUGUGUGCUUCAUGAUUGCUGGCGCGAUAAUCAAAGUUGACGACAUAGCAGGCACCUUUGCCAAACUGGGAAUGUUCAUAGUCACGGUUAUCGUUGGAAUUGCCGUCCUCUUCAUACUUACCAUACUCGUCUACGUCAUUGGGACACGCAAGAAUCCCUUCGAGGUCAUCCCCCAUUUGAUGCAAGCCUGGUUCCUUGGUUUUGCUACGACAAGCGCCAUCGUGACUGUUCCGGAGAUAUAUGCGGGCUGUGAUGCUCUGGGUGUCCGUAAAGGCCUUUCUCGAUUCGUGGCUCCUCUGGCUGCAACAUUAAAAGCCGACGGAUCUGCUUGCUUCAUUUGCAGCGGAUCCAUUUUCAUCGCCCAAUUGUCGAACGUGACCGGUUCGGGCACCAUAGUGGUUAUUUGGUAG